AUGGCCGAGGAAGGUAUUGCUGCUGGAGGUGCAAUGGACGUCAGCAGUGCUCUACAAGCGGUGCUGAAGCCCGCCCUCAUGUGCGAGGGCCUAGCACUCGAAGGCCUAGGGGAUGCUACCAAGGCCUCAGACAAGUGCCAGGCCCGUCUUUGUGUGCUUGCAGCCAACCGCGAUGAGCCCAUGUACUUCAGGCCUGUGGAGGCGCACUGUGCCGAGCACCAGAUCAACCUGCUUAAGGCUGACCACACCAAGAAACCAGGGCAAUGGGUAGGCCGCUGUCAAAUCAACGAAGAGGGGAAGCCACGGAAAGUGGUUGGUUCCAGUUGUGUAUUGCUUAAGGACUAUGGCGAAGGAUCUCAGGCCAAGGAUGUCAGCAAGGAGUAUUUCCAAUGCAGGAAAUGA